AUGAAACGAGAGCAAACAUCGGUCGCCUCAGCCUCUGUUCCCACGCCUGCAGCGGCUAUCACGCCAGUGUACAUUGAGCCAACUCUGCGAUCUCCUGCGACUGGACCUAGAGACCUCACUGCGACGGGAUCGGGAAUUGCAACUCCGACAGGAGGGUUCUAUGGCGGCCAGCCUCCAAGCAAGAGGUCUCGUCAUCGCCUUGAGUCCGAAGCGGCUGUCAAAGAUCUCAUGAGUCUCGGUCCAGCAGUGCUGUUCUCGCUGGCAGAGACGUGGUUCAAGGAGAACCAACCAUGGUGUCCAAUCUUGAGCCACGACCACAUAUCACAAGCUCUGGCAUCCUUGCCAGAUCCGGUCGACGCAAUCGACGACAUCGAGCUUCGUGCUGUGCUAGCUCUGGAAAUAUCGUACUCGACACAAGCGCUGUCACUCGGGUACCACGGUCGCACUAGAUUGAGUCAGUAUCUGAGAGGUGACGUGGUGACUGAGGCAAUGGCUCAUCCUUCGAUCAGUUCCCUGAGGGCGUUACAAAUCAUGGCUUUGAUGGACUAUGGCUCCGACAACAUACCGAGCACGUUCAGCCUCAUGUCGAUCUGUAGACGUAUGUGUGAGAAUCUAGGGAUGUUCGAAAAGCUGCGUGCGCAGCUCGAAGCUCGAAGUCCUGCGCAGAUUGGACCGCCACCAACAGAUAAUUCUGGAGGAGAUGCGAGUACGAUUUCGGUGACGUGGUGCAUACUCGCACUCGACGCGGUGUCGACUCUAGGCGUUGGAUGGAGGGAUGUCUCUGCUGCGCUGGUCGACCAUCUGUCAAGUGUGGCGUAUGUCAGUACACCACAUUUUCGGGAUUCGUUUCGAGGCCAUGUCCAUCUUGCUGCGAUCGGCCUGCAGCCAGUUCAUGAGUUCCUGCAUGAACGUGCUCUGGCGCCAAUGCAGUCAGUCGACGAUGACGACCUGGCCAGGUGUGACGACAUGUAUCAGAACCUUAUGCUGUAUGUUGAAGCGCAGCCGAAGACGAGCUACACCAUCCUGGAGAACGGCGUGGUUGACUUCGAUCCCAACCUAGUUCAUACAGAGACUCUUGUGUAUGCAACGACGGUCAUGAUGUAUCAAGGUCUGAUUGAUUUCGAAAGGUCAACACCAGCGAUCGCCCUAGAGCGAUGCCUGCAGAUGUGUAACGAGAACAUGGUGACGCUGGUCCGCAGUAUCAGCGAUGCCGAUGCCGAGCUGAACACGCCUCUGCUCGCGUCGUUCAUAUUUGUCGGAGCGAGAUUUAAAGUGGUGUACUGUCGACAACGAGGCGAGCCUUUAGACGUGCCGUUCGACAACCUCAUGCAUGCUCUCAACAUGUGCGCUCGAAGAUGGGUUGUAGCGAGACGUCUGGACAUCGCGCUGCGAGCUGCUGCACUGGAGGUUCUGAAAGGUCGCUCAGAUACUGCAUUGCCAUUGAGCUUCUGGGAUCUAAAGAAAAGUUAUCUCGACAUCUCGGAAGAAUUGAAGACGUGGGUGUCGACCUGGAGGACUCCGUUCCAAGACACUUCUCUGUCAGGUCCAUAUUCGUGGUUUCUUGGGUGGUGA